AUGGAGCACGAUUCCAGCGUCUUCAGCCUGACCACCAUUGGUGGAUAUGCACUGCUGGGUGGCCUGGGUGUCCUGGUCUACCUGAACUACCAGCGCAACAACCAGGGCAGACAGGGCAAUGCGAGAGCCGCCGCUGGCCAGGCCGGCAAGCAUGUCGCCGACCUUGGCCGUGAUGUGGCAUCGGCGACUGCUGCCAUGACCAAGAAGGCUGAGAAGUCGCUCAAGCAGAAGCCCAAGCCCAAGGCCCCCUCGAGCGAGACAGCACCGACCCCGAGUCGAAGCUACGAUCCCGAGGCCGAAGCUGCGGCCAAGCGAGACGAGGCCCGCGCGAACCAGGACUUUGCCCAGUCCUUCUCCAAGCUCAAGUCUGGCCACCAAUUCACCGCCCAGAAGUCGGAGAAGAAGAAGCAGAAGUCGGUCAAGCAGUCGCGGGCACAAGAGGCCGACACCCCGGUUGCCAAUGCCUCUUCGCCCUCCUCCACAACCGGCGAUGCCGACGACGACCUGUCAUCUGCCGCGUCCCCUGUCGUACCGGCUGCAGACAGCACCGGUGUCUCGGACAUGCUCGAGGCCGCUGCCCCUGGCCCCUCGGUCCUGCGGCUCACCGACACCGACUCGGUCAAGACCCAGCAGAAGAAGGCUAAGGCCCCCGAGGUCGUCGAGUCCAAGAAGCAGCGACAGAACCGCCUGAAGGCCGAGCGCAAGAAGCUCGAGAGAGAGCAGGAGGAAGCAGAGCGCAAGAAGCUGGAGGAGGCCCAGCGACGCCGUGCUCGUGUCGCCGAGGGCCGCCCCGCCAAGGACGGAUCGGCUUUCUUGGCCAACAACUCCCCCUGGGUCGCAAAGUCGAACGGUGAGAAGACCGUCCAGCCCCUCGACACUUUCGAGCAGAAGCCAGCUGCCGAGAGCACAAACCUUUCGACGCCCAAGCCUGCUGCCGCGGCCACCAAGGAACGCUCAGACUCUUGGAUGUCUUCUCUGCCCUCCGAGGAGGAGCAGUUCGCUCAGGUGCUGGAGGACUCCUCCGCCUGGAAUGAGGUCACCAGCAAGAAGGGCAAGAAGGGUAAGAAGGGCCUCGAGACUGCCGAUGCCCCUGCCGCUCAGGCGACUCCUUCGGCUGCGCCCGCUCCUGUCGCUAAGGCCCCAGUGAACGGCGGCUACUCCAAGUCGAAGCCUGCCCUGAGCAGCAACUCCUCAUUCGCAGCCCUUACUCCUGAGGAGACUGCUGACGAGGUCGAGGAGGAGUGGGAGGUAUGA